AUGUUGGUCCCCAAGACAAACCGUAUUGCAGUGUACUCGUACCUCUUUAAAGAGGGCGUAAUGGUCGCAAAGAAGGACUUUUCGCUGCCCAAGCACGAGGCUGUGGAUGUGCCCAACCUCCAGGUCAUCAAGCUCAUGCAGUCGCUCAAGUCCCGUGGCUAUGUCAAGGAGACGUUCAACUGGCAGUGGUUCUACUGGUACCUCACGAACGAGGGAAUUGAGUACCUUCGCUCGUACUUGCACCUGCCUGCGGAGAUUGUGCCGGCUACGCUCAAGAAGCAAGCUGCACGUCCGACGCGCCCACAGGCCCCGUCCGCUGGUGGUUUUGGCCGUGGCCGCUUUGACAAGGAGAAGGGUGUUGGUCCUUCGGGCGACUUUAACCCGGAAUUCCGUCGUGGUGGCACGGAUGGCUACCGUCGCGAGGGUUCUAAUUAA